CUUUACAUGGAUAGAAAUGACUGGAUUGUAAAUUAAUGAUGAUUUGUCUGUGGGAAUUUUGACAUUACCUUAUAACAUAAAUCUUCUUUUGUGUGUGUAGGAACUCAACGAACAAGUUUAUUGACAAAACUAUGUUGCAAGGUGAUGUCCCAAACUCCGACAAGUUAAACCCUCCGUACAAUUUCCAAGGAAUGUGCAGUACAGAUGGCGAUCUUCCUGAUAAAACCCCAAAGGCACCCGGUAGAUCCCGUAAAGGAAAGCUGUAUGACCCCAAACCCACAGUCGAAUCCGAGGAGAUCAAUCUUUGGGGCAACUCUGACGAAGAAGAACGCGUUCUUCAACAAGUGCGAGAGAAAUUUACUCAGUCUAAGCACGCUGUGCCAGUACAUCGGAGCCCUGUGCAGGCUACACCUGUCAAACAGGAGUCUGCUCAGUCUGCCGGCAACUCUCAUGGCGACCCGAACCGUAACCCUGGGACUGUUUCCAUGGACAAGCAGAAGGUAACAACAAACAGGAACUCGAACCAUUCCCUUGGUGCCUCUGGGAAGAAUGGCAAACAGAUGUCCCGAAGCAAUCAGGACUUUGUUACAGAUGUGGGCCAAGGUGUACAAACCUUCAUGGCCCUCGGUGAUGUUGUCAACCGAGAACACUCCCCAUCAACCGGCAAGUUCAUUAGACAAGUGCUGGUCGAGGACGGCCCGCACGGUAAAAGGUACUUGUAUCAAUUUGACCAGAGCAAUAUGCAAUAUUACGAGGUUGAAGAUGUCAGUUCCAGCUCAGUGAUGCCACGGUUGGCAGAAAAGGUUGAGAAAGUGGCAGAGCGCGGUUUCCAGGAGCUCUUCGGUUGCCUGAAGAUAGUGUUCAUAUGUGUGGUGCUUUUUACCGUGGAACUUAUGAAGUUUUUGUUCCGAACUGUACUGGGUCCUAUAUUGUCAGGGUUUAUCAGCGCUGUGGGAGAUCACCUGUUAAAACCGGUGUUUGCGGGGCUCUUUAACUCCUUGCUGCAUCCAACUUUUGCUCUUUUGUGGAAUAUCCUAGCAAGCCUGCACAACGCCUUAGGUCCACUGCUUCAAAUCACCAGAGAAAUGGUUAGCCAACUGGCCUUGCUAUUUGCGGCUUGUCGCUUGGUACAGAUAACGACAGUGUCAGACAAGAGAGCCGAGCACUCACAGACAAUACAGAAUGUUUAGCUGCAUCUUGGCAAAAAACAAAACACUUUUAACUAAUAUUACAUUUUUCAUGAUUCUGUACACCAUAUUUACUACGUUUAUUGUUUUAUUACUUGAACUAAAUCUUUGACGUCAUAUCAAAAAGAAUUAUGAUUUUAUAAAUUAACAUUUUAUGGUAUUUUCAUUUGUGGGAAAGCACUGAUCGAUAUAUUUUUUCUGCUCCAAAACCAUCAUGAUUCUUUGCUCUAUAUUUACAUGUCGAUAAUAUAUAUUUUAAUAAAUGAACUAUCAUUUUGAUUUUAUUUCAAUGACCUCAUUAAUAUAAAAUUUAAUCAUAAUUAUGUGGUAUUGUUAUGAAUUAACGUAUUUUUGGAAUUGCCUUUUGUGAGAAAGGAAAAAUAGAUAUAUUUAUCGGUUCAAAAGUGUGAAAGCAAACGGCAACCUGCGAUAAUGUACAUUUUUCACCUCAUAUGUCAACGAUACAUUUUGCAUAAAGAACCGUGGUGAACAUGCAGUUCAACGUAAAAGCUGUUAGGGAGUUGUUUGAGUUUUUGACUUUCGAGAUGGCUGUGUUUGCGAAUGUAGGACACAUGGUGUAUUCUAGGCAUAUAGGCAUUUUCACUGAAUGAUGUAACUCUUAUUAGUGGGGGCCUCUGUGGCUCAGUUGGUUAGCGCGCUAGCGCAGCGUAAUGACCCAGGAGCCUCUCACCAAUGCGGUCGCUGGGAGUUCAAGUCCAGUUCAUGUUGACUUCAUCACAGGCCAUACGUGGGAAGGUCUGACAGCAACCUGCGGAUGGUCAUGGGUUUCCCCCGGGCGCUGCCCGGUCUCCUUCCACCAUUAUUCUGGCAGCCGUCGUAUAAGUGAAAUAUUCUUGAGUACGGCGUAAAACACCAAUCAAAUAAAUAAAUAAAUCUUAAUAGUGAUAUGGUGUGCUUCUCACAUUAUGAACUCCUUAUUUAAUAAAUUUUUAGUUGUACUGUUGGUGUUUUUU